AUGAGCAACCAUAGUGUCGUCAGGGACUUCGUGUUGCUGGGCUUCUCCCAUCUCCGUGAGUCCCAGGUCAUCCUCUUUGCCUUCAUCCUCCCAGUGUACGUGCUAACGGUGCUGGGGAACCUGGCCAUCCUCACCCUCACCUGUCUGCACUCCCGCCUCCAUGUGCCCAUGUACUUCUUCCUCGGCAACUUCUCCCUCGUGGAGGUGCUUGUCACCUCCACAGUGGUGCCCAGGAUGCUGGCCGACCUGCUGUCCACGCAAAAGACCAUGUCGCUGGCUGAGUGCUUGACCCAAUCUUUCUUCUACUUCUCCUUGGGCUCCACCAACUUCCUGAUCCUCACAGUCAUGGCCUUUGACCGCUACCUGGCCAUCUGCCGCCCCCUGCACUACCCCACCAUCAUGAGCGGCCCAGUCUGUGUGAAGCUGGUGGUGGCCUGCUGGCUGGUGGGUUUCCUCUCCAUUGUCUCCCCGACCCUGCAGAAGACGCGGCUCUGGUUCUGCGGCCCGAACGUCAUCGACCACUACUUCUGUGACUCUGCCCCUCUGCUCCGCCUGUCCUGCUCGGACGCCCGCCACAUCCAGCUCAUGGACUUCUUCCUGUCACUGGUCUUCGUGCUGGUCACCAUGCUGCUCAUCCUGGCCUCCUACAUCCUCAUUGUGGCUGCAGUGCUGCGCAUCCCCUCCCCCACGGGGCGCCAGAAGGCCUUCUCCACCUGUGCCUCCCACCUCACAGUGGUGGUGCUAGGCUACAGCAGCACCAUCUUCAUCUACGUGAGGCCAGGCAAGGGCCACGCCACACACCUCAACAAGGUGGUGGCCCUGAUGACAGCCGUGGUGACCCCCUUCCUCAACCCUUUCAUCUUCACCUUCCGAAAUGAGAAAGUCAAGGAGGUCAUCGAGGAUGUGACCAAAAGGGUGCUCCUUGGAAGCACAGCAACCUGCAGGUGA